CUCUGCUCCUCUGGGCCCGUGUGGAGCCCGCUGUUGGGUAGGGACCGGCUCUAUCCGCCGACACCUCGUCCUUCCCAUGCCCUGCACGCAGUAAGCGCUCAAUAAAUAGGCCUGGAUGAAUACGACUGGUGCCUCCUGGAUGAAUAAGACCGAUAACUCCUGAUCUUGAAAGCCUCGAGACCUAGGAAACUACUGCUGUUAAGAUGUCUGCCCUCAGCAGUUACUGUCCUCAUUUGGAAUCGGUUGGCGAAAUAACAAAGGAAGAGUUGAUACAGAAAUCUCACGGUACUUGCCAGGACUGUAAAGUCAGAGGACCAAAUCUUUGGGCUUGUCUGGAGGAUGGGUGUUCAUAUGUUGGCUGUGGAGAAUCAUAUGUAGAUCACAGUACCAUACAUUCUCAGGACACAAAGCACUGUCUAACUGUGAACCUUACCACUCUACGUGUUUGGUGUUAUGCUUGCAGCAAAGAAGUGUUUUUAGAUAGAAAAUUGGGAACUCAGUCUCCAUUACCAAGUGCAAGACAACUUCAGCAAGUACAAGAAAAUGUGCAGGAUUUUAAAAUAUCUGGGACCCCAACUCUAAAGAUGCCACUUGCAGCUGUAUUUGAUGAUCUGGAUAUAGAAGUGGAAGAAGAAGAUGAACUUAAAACAAGAGGCCUUACAGGUUUGAAAAACAUUGGCAACACAUGCUACAUGAAUGCAGCUUUGCAAGCUCUUUCCAAUUGCCCGCCUCUGACACAGUUUUUCCUUGACUGUGGAGGUUUAGUCCGAACAGAUAAGAAGCCAGCAAUUUGCAAAAGUUAUCUGAAACUCAUGACAGAAGUUUGGCAUAAGAGCAGGCCAGGAUCUGUUGUUCCUACUAAUCUGUUUCAGGGAAUUAAAACCGUAAAUCCAGCAUUCCGGGGCUAUUCCCAGCAGGAUGCCCAAGAAUUUUUGCGCUGUCUAAUGGAUCUGCUUCAUGAAGAACUGAAAGAACAGGUCAUGGAGUUGGAGGAAAAUGUUCCAACUGUCACUCCAGAAGAGAGCAUGGAGGAAGACAAGAGCCAGUCAGAUGCGGAUUUCCAGUCCUGCGAGUCAUGUAGUAGCAGUGACAAAGCGGAAAAUGAAACCGGUUCCAGAGGCUUUACCGAAGACCAUGCUGAAACCACGAUGUUAAUACAGGAUGAGGAAAAUAACCCAGUACUUUCCAAAGAUUGGCAGAAAGAAAAGAUAUGCAAUAAGCUGAACCAAAUUAAUUCUGAAGAGGAUAUGGAGAAAGAUAUAGACACUAUGUCAGACCCAGCUGAAUUUUCAAAUAACCAGGAGACUGUCAAGGUGCAAAUACACAGUAGAUUUUCAGAAUAUAUCACUGAUGCCCAUUUGAAUGAGCCAUCAACCCCACAAGCCCCUCCAUCAAAUGAAGGUGUCAAUCUCCGUUUGUCAACUAGCCCCCCCAAAUCGGGCUCUUUGUGGUCAGGAUUGGCACCUUCACACAAAAAAGCUCCACCUGCACCCUCUCCAAAGAAAAAGAAGCACAAGAAAUAUAGGAGUGUCAUAUCGGAUGUAUUUGAUGGGACAAUCGUUAGCUCAGUGCAGUGUUUGACUUGUGACAGGGUGUCUGUAACCUUGGAGACUUUUCAAGAUCUAUCUUUACCAAUUCCCGGGAAGGAAGACCUGGCUAAGCUACAUUCUUCGAGUCACCCGACUUCCAUAGUCAAGGCAGGAUCAUGUGGAGAAGCCUAUGCCCCCCAAGGGUGGAUUGCAUUUUUCAUGGAGUACUUUAAAAGGUUUGUUGUCUCAUGUGUUCCUAGCUGGUUUUGGGGUCCAGUAGUAACCUUGCAAGAUUGUCUUGCUGCCUUUUUCGCCAGAGACGAACUCAAAGGUGACAAUAUGUACAGUUGUGAAAAGUGCAAAAAGUUGAGGAAUGGAGUUAAAUUCUGUAAAGUGCAAAAGUUUCCUGAGAUUCUAUGCAUUCAUCUAAAAAGAUUCAGACACGAACUGAUGUUUUCCACCAAAAUCAGUACCCAUGUAUCUUUUCCACUGGAAGGCCUGGAUCUUCAAUCGUUUCUUGCUAAGGACAGCCCGGCGCAAAUUGUGACAUAUGAUCUUUUGUCUGUCAUUUGUCAUCAUGGGACUGCAAGUAGUGGACACUACAUAGCCUACUGCCGAAAUAAUUUAAAUAAUCUGUGGUAUGAAUUUGAUGACCAGAGUGUCACAGAAGUAUCUGAAUCUACUGUACAGAAUGCAGAAGCUUAUGUACUCUUUUACAGAAAAAGUUCUGAGGAUGCACAGAAAGAGAGACGACGGGUGUCCAAUUUGUUGAAUAUGAUGGAACCAAGUCUUCUCCAGUUUUAUAUUUCUCGACAGUGGCUGAAUAAAUUCAAGACUUUUGCUGAGCCAGGUCCAAUUUCAAAUAAUGACUUCCUUUGUGUUCAUGGAGGUGUUCCUCCAUGCAAAGCUGGGUAUAUAGAAGACCUUGUUGUAAUGCUGCCUCAGAACAUUUGGGAUAACUUAUAUAGCAGGUAUGGAGGAGGACCAGCUGUCAACCAUCUGUAUGUUUGCCAUACCUGCCAAAUAGAGGUGGAAAAAAUUGAAAAAAGAAGAAAAACGGAAUUGGAAAUGUUUAUUCGGCUCAACAGGGCAUUCCAAGAAGAGGAAUCGCCAGCCAUUUUUUAUUGCAUCAGUAUGCAGUGGUUUAGAGAGUGGGAAGGUUUUGUGAAGGGCAAAGAUGGAGAUCCUCCGGGCCCUAUCGAUAAUUCCAAGAUUGCAGCCACAAAAUGUGGGAGCGUUGUACUCAAACAAGGAGCUGAUUCUGGGCAGAUUUCCGAAGAAACGUGGAAUUUUCUGCAGUCCAUAUACGGAGGAGGACCAGAAGUGAUCCUACGGCCUCCCGUUGCCCCCGUAGAAGCAGAAAUGCUCCAGACAGAGGAGAAGAUUGAAGUAGAAACUCGGGCUCUAUAGGGAUCAAGACAAAGUCCAAAUGGGAACUUCUUUCCUCUUGCACAAAGAAAAACAUUCCUGGAUGCAUGUUUUUUGUCUUUUUUGUUGUUGUUGCUGCCCCGCUUUCUUCUCUUCCCCUCCUCAAUAUGCACGCAUGCACAUGUGUGCACGCAUACACGUGCAUCAUCAUCAAUCGUAUUUAUUGAGC